GUGAUAAAUAAAAUUUUAAUAAUAAUAAUAGUCCGAUAAUUUUAUUUCAUAUUAAUUAUUAUUUUUAUUCUUUUUUUGUAACAAUCUUAUUGGACUGUGAUAAAAAAGGUCACGAUAAGAGUCAAUUAUGUUUAAACAGGAUUUAUAAAAAUUCGCUCAUUUUUCUAUUUAAAAGAUUAUAAAAAAUGACACAGUUACCAUACUUUAUUUUAUUAGGGCUCUCACAUAGCAUAUAUUAUUGUGAAAUAGCUAACUAUAAUGACGAUGUGUGUACACCAGAAAAAGUACAGGCAAAACAAUUACUACUAAAUGAGUGCCUUAACAGGAGAGAAGGUGCCUAUGCAUUUUCCCAAACGCUCAUGAGACCAAGUGGUUCAAUAGCUGAGUUUUUAAAAAAACGAUGUGCAAUGAAACCACAUUUAGACGAUUGUCUAGAUCUUUGGUUAGAUCUGAUAAAAGAAUGUGUUAAUGCCGAUGAUCUCAGAGGGCUGGAAGUUUGGAAAAAAAUCGAUGCAGAAAUUAUCAACUAUGUUUGUGCUCACGACGCUGAGGCAAUGACUAGUCUUUUAAAGAACAGAUACCAUAGUUGUCGUCAAGGUUUAUCCCGAAUUUUAACAGAUUGUUCUCGAAGUCUGGGGAUAACUGUUCCAUAUUAUCAAGUAGAUAAAGUACGGCAAAAAUGCAAUAAAAUAGGGACAAUGGAAUCAUGUGUAACAAGCAAGCUAGAACGAAAUUGCAUGAGGAAUGCCACAGAAUUAGCAAAACCCCUAUUUCAUAUUGUUAAAACAAAUUUAUGCAGCAAUAACUAAAAUGUCAUUGUUUAAACUUUCCUCUUUCCAAAAGGAAUGGGGAAAGUAAUUAAAAGUACUAAAAGUUAAUUCAUAAAUACUUUGUGUGUAGUUAAUCUAUAAUAACCUAAAAAUAUUAGUUUUGUAUGUAUUUCUAAAAAAAUUAAAUUAUCUUCUAAC